AUUUUUUCCUUCCCAUUGACGGUUGUUGUUUAGGGGGUAGAACGAAAGUAGCUGACUGCAACCACUUUGAUUACAAGUUUUUUAUUAGUUUAACUUCUGCUCCACAUCCACAGGAUUGAUACAAAGACAAAUAAUGUAUUUGUUCAACGUCGUAAAGUAUUCCCGCUGACAUCCGAGCUUGGCUAAAUGUCUGUUUGACUGUCGCACAAAUGGAAAUGGUGCCCAGCGAAGAGAACCAGCUCGUACCCAAAGAGGUUAUGUUUUGGAGUUGCAGGCAAAGUAUUUUCGACGAGAUGAAGAAAAGGUUUUCUCAGAUCGAAAAUGCGGCGGAGGAGCCUAGAGUGCUAUGUAUCGUCCAAGACACCACCAACUCCAAGACCGUCAACGAGAGGCUGACCCUCAACCUGCCGGCCUCCACCACCGUCUCCAAGCUGUUUGGGGAUGUGGCUCGCCAGGCGGGAUACCUGAGUGGCACAUUCGACCUGGCAUGGGGCAAUACAGCAGCCAUGGCACCGCUGGACCACACCAGUGAGAUGUCCCUCACUGCCUCUGGGUUUGAGGCUGGGAAGAGGAACUUCCUCCAGCUCACAGACAAGGACGGAGAGCAGCCUCAGAUAGCCUCGGAUGAGUCAGCGCCAGCAGACAGCAGUGGGCUGGAUGACAGUUCCCAGGAGCGCUUCAUCGGCCCCCUGCCCAGGGAUGGUACGGUGGGCUGCAGCAGCGACUACAGCAGCCCCUCUUACUCUUACUCCUCAAUCCUCAACAAGUCUGAAACAGGAUACGUGGGGUUAGUGAACCAGGCCAUGACCUGCUAUCUGAAUAGCCUCCUGCAAACGCUGUUUAUGACGCCCGAGUUCAGAAAUGCGCUGUACAAUUGGGAGUUUGAGGAGUCUGAGGAGGAGCCUGUCAACAGCAUCCCCUACCAGCUCCAGAGGCUGUUUGUGCUUCUGCAGACCAGCAAGAAGAGGGCCAUCGAGACCACGGACGUGACCCGCAGCUUUGGCUGGGACAGCAGCGAGGCCUGGCAGCAGCAUGAUGUUCAGGAGCUGUGCAGGGUCAUGUUCGACGCCCUGGAGCAGAAGUGGAAACAGACAGAGCAGGCUGACCUGAUCAACCAGCUGUACCAGGGCAAGCUGAAGGACUACGUGCGCUGUCUGGAGUGUGGCUACGAGAGCUGGAGGAUCGACACCUACCUGGACAUCCCUCUGGUCAUCAGGCCGUUCGGCGCGAGCCAGGCUUUCUGCAGCGUGGAGGAGGCACUGCAGGCUUUCAUCCAGCCAGAGACCCUGGAUGGGGCCAACCAGUACUUCUGUGAGCGCUGCAAGAAAAAAUGCGACGCCCGCAAGGGCCUGAGGUUCCUUCACUUCCCCUACCUGCUGACCUUGCAGCUGAAGCGGUUUGACUUUGACUACACCACUAUGCACCGGAUCAAACUGAACGACCGCAUGACCUUCCCCGAGGAGCUGGACAUGAGUCCCUUCAUCGACGUGGAGGACGAGAAGUCUCCCCAGACGGAGAGUUGCACAGACAGCGGGGCUGAGAAUGAGGGCAGUUGCCACAGCGACCAGAUGAGCAAUGACUUCUCCACUGACGACGGCGUGGACGAGGGCAUCUGUCUGGACAGCACCAGCACAGAGAGAGUACUCAAGCCAAAGAGUUCAUUGACCUUUGAGCUGUUCUCUGUCAUGGUCCACUCUGGGAGCGCUGCGGGCGGCCACUACUACGCCUGCAUCAAAUCCUUCAGCGACGGCCAGUGGUACAGCUUCAAUGACCAGCACGUCAGCAAGAUCACGCAGGAUGAUAUCAGGAAGACGUAUGGAGGCUCCUCAGGGAGCAGGGGGUAUUACUCCAGUGCCUUUGCCAGCUCUACGAAUGCCUACAUGCUGAUCUACAGGUUAAAAGACCCCACGAGGAACGCAAAGUACCUGGGCGCGGACGACUUCCCGGCGCACAUCAAGCGUCUGGUCCAGAAGGAGAAGGAGUCUGAGGAGCAGGAGAAGAGGCAGCGGGAGAUCGAGAGGAACACCUGCAAGAUCAAGCUGUUCUGCAUGCACCCUGUGAAGAUGAUGAUGAUGAUGGAGAACAAGCUGGAGGUGCACAAGGAUAAAACCCUGCUGGAGGCCACAGAGAUGGCCUACAAGCUGAUGGAGCUGGAUGGCGUGGUUCCUCUGGACUGCUGUCGCCUGGUCAAGUACGAUGAGUUCCACGAGUACCUGGAGCGCUCGUACGAGGGCGAGGAGGACACGCCCAUGGGCCUGCUGCUGGGCGGGGUCAAGUCCUCCUACAUGUUCGACCUGCUCCUGGAGACGCGCAGGCCGGACCAGGUGUUCCAGCCCUACAAGCCUGGAGAGGUCAUGGUGAAGGUCCAUGUGGUGAAUCUGAAGGGCGAGACCAUCGCCUCUCCUGUCAGCGUCAGAGCGUACCUGAACCAGAGCAUCUCUGAGUUCAAGCAGCUCAUUGCACAGGUGACAGAGCUGUCGGCAGACACCAUGCGUGUGGUUCUGGAGCGCUGCUAUAACGACCUCCGGCUCCUCUACGUGCCCAACAAGACCCUGAAGGCGGAGGGUUUCUUCAGGAGUAACAAGGUUUUUGUCGAAAGCUCUCAAUCAGCCGACCACCAGGUCACUUUCACUGACUCCCACCUCUGGAAACUUCUGGACCGCCACGGGAACACAAUACGACUGUUGGUCUCGCUGCCAGAGCAGUCGCCCGGGAGCCUGGCCAACAGAACUAUUUUCCAAAAAGCGGCCGGCGACCCCGAGGAGUCCUCCGAGGGGUCAAAGGGCAACAGGAAGUCUGUGGAGGCCAUCCUGGAGGAGAGCACGGAGAAGCUGAAGAACCUGUCCCUCCAGCAGCAGCAGGGCUCCAGCAGUGACAGCCCGAAGAGCUCCGACGCCAGCGACUUCGAGCACAUCGAGUCUCCCUCCCAGGAGCCGGCCUCGGCCUCUUCCGCCGACAACCGCGAGCUGGAGAACCGGAUCGGCGUGGCGGGCGGCGCGGGUCCGGCGAGCGGCGGCGGCGGGGCGUCGUCCGACCAGGACGCCCAGUUCCCCCCGGAGGAGCGCUCGGACUCGGAGGUGAACAACGACCGCAGCACCAGCUCCGUGGACAGUGACAUCCUGAGCUCCAGCCACAGCAGCGACACGCUGUGCAACGCCGACAGCGGGCCCAUCCAGCUGGCCAACGGCCUGGACUCCCACAGCAUCACCAGCAGCCGGCGCUCCAAGGCCCACGAGGGCAAGAAGGAGACGUGGGACACGGCCGAGGAGGACUCCGGCACGGACAGCGAGUACGACGAGAACGGGAAGAGCAAGGCCGAGGCCCAGUACCUGUACUUCAAAGCCGAACCCUACACCCAAGAGGAAGGCUCAGGGGAAGCCCAGAAAUGUUUGCUGGUCCAUGUGGACAAGAGGAUCACUCUGUCAGCGUUCAAGCAGAACCUGGAGCCCUUCGUGGGCAUCGCCUCCACCCAGUUCAAGGUGUUCCGGGUCUACGCCAACAGCCAGGAGUUUGAGAGCGUUCGCCUCAACGAGACCCUCUCCUCCUUCUCCGACGACAACAAGAUAACCAUCCGUCUAGGCAGGGCGCUGAAGAAGGGCGAGUACAGGGUGAAGGUGUACCAGCUACUAGUGAAUGACCAAGAGCCCUGUAAGUUCCUUGUGGACACAGUGUUUGCGAAGGGCAUGACUGUACGACAGUCCAAAGAAGAGCUGCUACCACAGCUGAAAGACCAGUGCAAGCUAGACCUCAGCAUCGACAGGUUCCGUCUCAGGAAGAAGACGUGGAAGAACCCAGGGACCGUGUUCCUGGACUACCACGUCUACGAGGAGGACAUCAACAUCUCCUCCAACUGGGAGGUGUUCCUGGAGGUUCUCAACGAGCCGGAGAAGAUGAAGUCCAUGUCCCAGCUGGCUGUUCUAACCCGGCGCUGGAGACCGGCCCAGAUGAAGCUCGAGCCAUUUCAGGAAGUGGUCCUGGAAAGCAGCAGUGUGGAGGAACUGAAGGAGAAGCUCAGUGAAAUAAGCGGGAUUCUAUUGGAGAACCUGGAGUUUGCCAAGGGCCGAGGGACUUUUCCCUGUGACAUCUCUGUGAUGGAGAUCCACCAGGACCUGGACUGGAACCCCAAGGUGUCCACCCUGAACGUGUGGCCCCUCUACAUCUGUGACGACGGGGCGGUUGUGUUCUACAGGGACAGCACUGAGGAGCCCAUGGAUCUGUCCGAGGACGAGAGGAGCGAGCUGCUGAAGAGAGAGAGCAGCCGCCUGCUGAAGACGGGCCACCGGGUCAGCUACUCUCCCCGCAAAGAGAAGGCCCUCAAGAUCUACCUGGACGGGGGCCCCGCCAAGGACACGGGCCUGGACUGAGGCCUGGUCCGAGCUGGCUCGCCCGCCUGCCUGCCUGCCUGCUGCAGAGUAGCGUAGCCUGGCCUGUCUGGGCCACAGGGACCCCCGUGUGAUGUGGGGCCCCACGUUGACUCGACGUCACCAGCCAGCGCCGUGCGGCUGACACACCCCUCGCCCUCCACCCUGAGCUCCAGGGGGGUAGAGACUGGCUCAGAAAUCCUAUUGUGCACUAUAGUUUAUGUACUGUAAAGUUUAAAGGGAAGUGCAAAGGCUAAUCAAUAAUAAAUAAGAAAAAAAUAAAAAAUAUAA